CAAGAACAAAACAAAACAAAACAAAACAAAACAAAACAAAACAAAACAAAACAAAACACCUCAAACCUCCUCCCAGGAGCCUCCGCGCGGUGAGAAAAGCAAAUGUUAGCCAAUGAGAGCAGCUGUUCCGUGGCUUUCCCGCCCUAUACCCCAAAGGCUGAAGGAAGGCGGCUCUUUAGAGCCAGCGGGGAGUUAUAAAGGACCUCGGUAGCUGCUGCCAGAGAGCACCUGCCCCGCGUGGGAUAAGAGGAACAAAAAAAGCUAAAUAAUAGUCAAAGGAGGAAAUGCGACCAUUAUUAGGUCUAUGCAACUCAAGCCAGUUUUCCAAGAAGUCUUAACCCUGAAUUCUAUAGCAACAAGGAAUGGUCUUCAAGUCUAAAUACAGAAAUAGGACCAGAAACUUGAUGGAAUUGGCAUUACUGACUUCCCCAGUACAGAAAACUAAACCAUAAUUUGAAGAACUUUCCUAAGAAGAGGAGUCACAAUAUCUGUAUCCCAGAUUGGAGGAAUAGGGAAAGUCCAGAGUGGCCCAUCAGGUCAGACCAUCCUCCCUGGAUCAGUUCUUCAAAUACAAUGAGAUUUUCUCUAUUAUUUGCUGCAGUGAUUCAGUGACAAACAUCACCACCAGCCAAGCAACAGAAUGAGGCCACAGAUGGUGGACCUAAGGAAUGGGAGCACAGUGACAGAGUUUAUCCUCGUGGGCUUCGAACAGAGCUCCUCUUCCACUCGGGCAUUGCUCUUUGCCCUCUUCCUAGCCCUCUACAGCCUUGCCAUGGCCAUGAAUGGCCUCAUCAUCUUCAUCACCUGGACAGACCCCAGACUCAACAGCCCCAUGUACUUCUUCCUUGGCCAUCUGUCCUUCCUGGAUGUCUGCUUCAUCACCACCACCAUCCCACAGAUGCUAAUCCACCUGGUGGUCAAGAACCACACUGUCUCCUUUGUCUCUUGCUUGACCCAGAUGUACCUGGUCUUCUGUGUGGGUGUAGCCGAGUGCAUCCUCUUGGCUUUUAUGGCCUAUGACCGUUACAUUGCUAUCUGCCACCCACUCAGUUACGCCCAGAUCAUGAGCCAGCAUGUCUGUGUGAGGCUGGUGAGUACUGCCUGGUUCUUUGGGCUGAUCAAUGGCAUCUUUCUUGAGUAUAUGUCAUUCCGGAAUCCCUUCUGCAGAGACAACCACAUAGAAAACUUCUUCUGUGAGGCCCCCAUAGUGAUUGCCCUCUCUUGUGGAGACCCCCAGUUUAGCCUGAAAAUGAUCUUUGCCGAUGCCAUCGUGGUGCUGCUCAGCCCCAUGGUGCUCAUUGUUAUCUCCUACGCCCGCAUCCUGGCCUCCAUCCUUGGCAGAACCUCUUCCUCAGGUCGGGGGAAGACCUUCUCUACUUGUGCCUCCCAUCUGACUGUGGUCAUCUUUCUCUAUACCUCAGCCAUGUUCUCUUACAUGAAUCCUCGCAGCACACACGGCCCUGACAAAGACAAGCCUUUCUCCCUUCUCUACACCAUCAUCACCCCCAUGUGCAACCCCAUCAUCUAUAGUUUCCGAAACAAGGAAAUGAAGGGGGCCAUGGUGAGGGCCCUUGGGAGGACCAGCCUGGCCCAGGCAGAAUCUAUCUAGUGGGAAGACUCCUGGAAGAGAGGUCUCCCCCCACCCACCCAAGUCUUGACAAUUGGGCAACUCUCCAAUGCUGAGAGCCUCCAGGAAAGAGCACUCAUAGCUUUCAUUCUACUAGCAUCAGUCCUGGAAGAUCCUAUUGAUGUCUAAUGCUCAUCUGUCUGAUUUCACUUCAAGCAUUGUUUUCUCUUAGGCCUUCCUGAGGAUAAUUUAAGACUUUCAUGUUUUUCUUCUAUGUUGUCACAUCUUUUAAAGGCAUAAGUGCACUUAACUCCAUUUAAUUUUUUUCGUACAGUACUUUUACAUACUAUUCCUAGCCUGAGUUUUGCAUACACAUUUAGGAGCAAACUUUUCUCUUUCAACUUAUCAUUGUAGUGUUCUUUUCUUUCUCACAUUCCACUCUCAUAUCCUGAAUCCACCCUCAUCCACCCCACUCCUGCAUAAGAAAAAAUAGGGGAAGAAAAAGGGAAUUAGGGAGCAGUGUUGACAUUAAGAAAAGUCAGAGAAAAGAAGAAAAAGAAAAACUAAGGAUGAUAAGCCUGAACCCCAUCUUCUUAGCUUCCAUUAGCCCAUAAGGGAGAACUUUUAUGAUGGCUUUAAGUGGCUACCAUAACACUGCAUUCAACUUAUGUUUAUGCUUGUGUGUUGUUGAGGAAAUGCAGGUGAGAUAGACCACUAUGUCAAAUCCCUUCUAAAUCUUCUAGUUUCCUUAAGUAACAUGACUGUUUGAUAUUUCCCUUAUGAUCCAAGUGGUCAAUGCCUCUGCCAAGCUUCUCAGACUAUUAGUUUCCUUCCCUGGUAUAUACUCCAAAUUAACUCCCCUCUCCCUACUGCCUUCCUUUUUCCCAACCAUCUUUCAUUUCAUUGCACCUUACUUCCAGCUUAAAUAGACAUAUUUCAUUCCCUGUACUUUAAGUAACACCUCUCCACACUAUCUCUACCAUUGCAGAAGCCUUUCCAUUUGCAACCCUAACCCCUCUCACUUCUUCUAGCUUUUCUCCUUAACCAAAUUUAGCGUCCCUUGAGAGAGCAUUAUAUUCUUAACCACUCUUUUUUUUUUUUUUUUUUUUUUUUUAAAUUGCAUCUUUCUCAUGCCCCUUUCUUAAUAAUAGGAAAGGGAACAGGUCUGUUAUUUUCUGGUGCCACUUCCAUAAGAUGAAUGCACCUCAGUUAGGAUUCCCUCAAAUAGAUGUACUACCCUUUCCAUAGUAUACAAAUCACACUACCUUCUGCAAUGACUUAAAGCAGUAGCUUCACUCCACAAAAUUCUAAUCUUUUGAGUCCAAAUUGGUGAAUCUCUAGAUAUCAGAGGACAUGUGAGAAGCACUUCUCAGUCAGCAAGGAGGAAGAAAUGAAACACCACUAUAAUUGAGAAGAAACAAUAAACACAGAACAAAAAAUUUUCCAUUAUCAAAGAGAAAUUACACCAGGCAAAGUUAAACAGGAAAGAAAGACUUUAUUUAAGACUACUGCAAUAGGAGGGGAAGCUGGGUGGCUGCUAGUUGAGUGUCUGACUUCGGCUCGGGUCAUGAUCUCAGUUUGUGGGUUCAGGCCCCGCAUCAGGCUCGCUGCUAUCAGCGCAGAGGCCCGCUUCAGAUCCUCUGUCUCCUUCUCUCUCUCCCCUUCCCCCUGCUCUCAUUCUCUCUUAAAAAUAAAUAAACAUAAAAAAAUAAUAAAAGACUAUUGCAAUAGGAGAUUGAACUCAACUCUACUAAAACAAGUGGCUGGAGAGUUCUCAAGAGCCGCAGUAGGGCUACCUGUGUGUGGUGACUGGUCUUACUCAAAGGAAAAGUAAGUUUACAGGUUGUAGUUUUGCAAUUUGGAGCAAGCUGCCCAUUGGUGUUGGGCUCCUACCCUCCCAUAGAGACUAGGAAAUAGGAAUGCCAUCUUCCUGAGGGUUGCAUUUUAAAGGAAUGGCUCCCACAAACAAUAAGAGACUCUUAACUACAGAGAACAAACUGAGGCUUAAUGGGGCAGGGAAUGGGUGAUGGCAUUGAGGAAGGCACUCUUUGGGAUGAGCACUGGGUGUAGCGUGUAAGUGAUGAAGCACGGCAAUCUACUCCAGAAGCCAUGAACACACUGUAUACACUGUAUAUUAGCUAGCUUGACAACAAAUUAUAUUAAAAAUAAAAAUAAAAUAAAAUAAAAUAAAAUAAAAUAAAAUAAAAUAAAAUAAAAUAAAAAAGGGAUGGCUCCCAGGUCAUUGAGAAAGACCUUCCCUGGGUCUGGAAACUAGCAAAAGGCUUUAAAGGAGAUUCAUAUACAUUUCAAAAGAGGCACAGAAAGAUUGGCAAUUACAAGUUUUCUAAAAUAAAUGCUCUGAGAAAAGGGGCCAGGGGCCUAUACUUAAGAUGAAACC